CAAAAUAAACUUUUUCGUCAUUUGUUUAUAAACCGUGACUGAAGUUGGACGUGCGCGGCGAGCGAUAACGAUAACGACGCGAGUGAAAGAGAACAACAACAACGGCGACGACAGUGAAUAAAAUUAAUUGCAUACAAUUUGCUAAGUGUUGAAUUAAAGAAACAAAAUAGUGAAAUAACAAAACGAAGUCAGUGAGCAAAAACGAGUGAAAAAGAGAAGAAUUCUUGUAAAUAAACAAAAAUCGAUCGUUCAGUCAUUCUGUCUUUCCGCUGUCCAUUGAAAAAGUCGCUCGGUCUGUUGUCUUGAAAUUUUUGCAUUACCAUUUUAGUUGUUGUUUGGAUUACACAUUUAUCGCUGGCGUCCGUGAGGGGGUUGCAGCGUUCCGUCGUGGUAUCGUUUUUUUUGGGGGGGAGUUCUUCGUCGUCGUCACCGUCGUAGCUUUGUGGUGGAGUUCGAGUUCAUGUGAAUGUGACAUUUAUUAUAAAUCAAGAAAAAGAAUUCAGAUUUGGUUUUGCUGGCUGGUUUCUCGUGCUUCACAUUUUGCUUUGGUUUGUUUAUUCACUGUGUAAUCAAGGCUUUGCUGGAUGCCGGCGCUGCAGCAGCAGAUGUUGGUUAGCAUUCGUCGCUGCCACCGUCAUUGCUAGUGGUUGUUGUGUGGUGCUGCAUUCGGUUUUGUUUCUUCAAAGGUGAAAAACAGACAAUCAGACUGCCUGGGGUUGUUGUUGCUAUAGCUAUAUGAAUGAAGUCUUGCCUUUAAUUGAUGCUGUGUGGCGUUAUGCUGGAACGGACUUAACACAAUCAGCAAACGGAGAACAGAUGCCGUCAUGAAUGGUGGACGCACCGCACCUUAUUGUUAUUAGUGAUUAUGGAAUAGAUUGUUGAAUUAAAGGUUUCAACGGUGAAAAUUUGGUGUUCCAAUCGUUGGCUGGCAAUCAGCAGACAGGUCAUACGUUUGUGGUCGACGUUUGCAUUCACAAUAAGUGGAGCAUGGGAAAAAGGCCAAUAAGAAGCCCAAAGAAUAUUUAGAUCUGUGAAAAUUUUAAAUUUUGUACAUAAAAAUAACAACAACCACCACCAACACCCCCCUUUUCGCAAUCAUAGAAAUGUGCCAAUAUCUUUAUUGCCUGCCUGCAGCUCAAAACAAAAAAUACCCAACUCCGAGACAAGUUCUUAGUCAUGCCACAGCAGCUGUUUCAACUGCCACAACAACACAUUGUCGUCAUAAACACAAACCAGAAAUACAAGAAUUACGACAACAACGAGAAAAACAAAACUAUUCUUCUAUACGUCAAAAUAGCACCCGCCGUCCCCACCACCAACAGCAAACAAAUUUCCUUCAUUUUCAACGCACAUUAGCCAAAAUGUUGUUUGUUGGCGGCCACCGUAGUAGGUCCAGUUAUCUGUCAAUAUUGCUCAUCUUUAGUUUCUGGGCCGGUCUAACUGAUGGCAGCAAUAUCCAUAGCCAUAGCCACCACACCAUUCAUCCGGCUGAGCCACACAACUGUCAACAUCACCAUCCCAAGGCUCAUGAGGUCAUUCAUGGUGUCCAAAUCGAAACGGUAGAAACUCCAGUCGAUGAAUUGCAAAAUUUACAAGAAACCGAAGACGACGCGUCUGUUGGCAAGAAGGUGGCAGCAACGCAAACGUCAUCACAUUCACGUUCGACAAGAAGUAAACGCAGCAUUGAGGAGCGCCCACUACGUAUUUCACUUAUCUAUGAUAAUUCCGUUAUUGGUUUGGAUACCGAUAAAUUUAUUCUGAUCAAUGAUACUGUACUGCCCGAGGCAAUUAAGUUCUGGGAACAAGCAUUAAUGGUACGACAAACAAAGGGUCCUAUACGGCUAAAUAGAAAAUGCAACAGCACACAAAUCUAUGUUAAAAAUGGUCAAACACAUUGCAUAGACAACUGCCGGCCGGUGACCAUGUGUGGUGAAGUUCAAGUACCCGAAGAUCAUUUGGAUGUUUGUCGUGUCUGCAAUGCCACUGGACAGAAUUGUCGUGUCGAUGAAACAACACAGGCUGGUGAUGGUAUUGAAAAUACCGAUUUCGUGUUUUAUGUAUCCGCACGACAAACGGAACGUUGUCACAAGGGUUUGACGGUGGCCUAUGCUGCACAUUGCCAACAAGAGGCUAGCCUAGAUCGUCCCAUAGCCGGUCAUGCAAAUCUCUGUCCGGACAGUAUCAGUACCAAACCUCAGGAAUUGCAUACUCUCAUAUCGACGGUGAAACAUGAAAUUCUGCACGCGCUGGGGUUCUCUGUCAGUCUGUUUGCAUUCUUUCGCGAUGAUGAUGGUAAUCCGAGGACACCACGUAAUCCGGAUACCGGUAAACCUCAUCUAAAUGAAGACCUUCAGAUCCAUCAAUGGAGCAAUACAACGAUACGCAAAAUAACCCGACAAAAUUGGUCUGUGCGCGGUGGUCAUGUGAACAAAACCAUAGAUAUGAUGGUUACGCCACGUGUUGUGGCCGAAGUUCGUAAACAUUUCAAUUGCGAUAAGUUGGAGGGUGCCGAACUGGAGGAUCAAGGCGGUGAGGGUACGGCCCUGACACAUUGGGAGAAACGUAUUUUGGAGAAUGAGGCUAUGACCGGAACCCACACCCAAUCGCCAGUAUUUUCACGCAUUACCUUAGCUUUAAUGGAGGACUCGGGAUGGUAUCGUGCCAAUUACAGUAUGGCAAGUCCACUCUCAUGGGGCCGGGGUUUGGGUUGCAAUUUUGUUAUGCGCAGCUGUAAGGACUGGAUACAAUUGAAUAAUGCCAAAGGACACUCAAUACAUCCAUUCUGUUCCAAGGUCAAACAAGAUCCGCUACAAACGGAAUGUACCGAUGAUCGAAAUUCAGUGGCAUUGUGUAACUUGAUUCGACACAAUUAUGAGUUGCCGGAAAAAUAUCAGAAUUUUGAUAGCAUAAGUAAUAUAAAAGACGGCGAAGAGGUAUAUUAUGGUGGUUCCGUUGCCCUGGCCGACCACUGUCCCUAUAUACAGGAGUUUACGUGGCGCAAUAAAAAUGUUACAAUACGUGGUUCACAUUGUCACUUUGUGGAAAAUAAUCCAAAAGCUGAGAAAAACUAUGCCUUGGAAAGUUAUGGUCAGGGUUCGAAAUGUUUCGAUCAUGGCGAUGCCAUGUGGGAGGAACGCAACUGCCACCACACCCGCGAAUGGCAACAUUGGGGUUCGGGGUGCUAUCGCUAUAAUUGCAGCGAUGGCCGCCUGCACAUUUUUGUGGGAAAUUAUAGUUACACCUGCUAUUUCCCAGGACAAAAACUAUCGAUUAGUAUAUCGGCCAAUGAUUGGUUACACAGGGGUGCUCUCAUCUGUCCAUCGUGUGAGGAAAUGUGUGGUGAAUAUUUUGGGGCCCGUGACGAAGAGUGUCGCCUAAGGGAGGAAGCUCCACCGCUCAAUAAAUAUCCACGCGACUAUUUACAGUGUGGUGCCAGUGCAUUGAGUGCUCUCUAUUGGUACCAUCAGCCAAUCUUUUUAGCAAUAGUUUCUAUGGCAAUUGUCCUUCUGUCGAGGAGUAGGCGGUAGGUGGACGACAAUGGGUAUGUCGUAGUAAUAGUUAGCUGGAUAUGUAUAGGUUAGUACAAAUGUACAUACGAUAUUAGUUAUUAAGCCAAUAGAUAAAUACAAUGUAUGUGUAUUAUAUCUCCUGUCGGUCUGUAUGUGUGUGAAUGUAUCUAUUUUAUUUAUAGUUCUAGAAUUAAGUGUAUUGUUUUGUGAUUAGUAAGUUUAUAUGUAUAUGUUUGGAAAUAUUUGAUUUUAUUUCAAUUUGUCGAUCUUAAGUAACUACUGUGUGCUGUGGGCAUUCAUUUAAACGAACGAAGAUUUUUUAUAAUAAUGACUGUGUUCCAAUAGCCAUUCCAAUGAGAAACAACAUGCGUUAACCUUCAUAGCUUUUAAACAGAAAUUUCCAAAAUGGAUGGAUAAAAAUGAAAACCUGAUUUAAGGCAGCAUUGCAGAAUUCUACACAACCUGUGUCUAUAUUUCAAAGUCAAUCCCAGAAAAAAACUAAUAGUUCAAAAUUCAAAGCUAUUGUCAUUGAUAAUCUAAGCGAUUGGAUGUCCAGCAACAUUUCCAACUGUAUCAUUUCGAAAUUAAUUUUUAAUUUCUUAGAUCUGGAGUAUUCCCCUCGAUGGCUUAAGUUCGUAUUUUUCUCUAUUACAGAAAGUAAUGUUUUUCGAAAAGAAUUUUGUAGUUUUGCAAGUACCAUGAUUUCACCCGCCGAAGACAAUGCUCAUUUUCAGCUUUAUAAUUGGAAAUCCGUCAACUGUAAUAUAUAUCCAAAAUUUCAAAAAAAAAAAAAUGUUUUUUUGAUUCUGAGCUGUUACCCUGAAGUAAAGAAAUCCAUCCUGGCAUUGAUCCCUAUCUUAAGCUAUUCGUUGAAGGUAUUAAUAGAACGUUUUGAGAGUAUAGUCUAUACCUUGACUGUUAAUCUUCUUGAAACGUCAGUGGCGGUCAAUAUCUGGUUAUUUUGAAUAGUUAAAAUCUUGAUAUCAAAUAAACAUGUGGGUACCGCUCUCUUCUAGGACGAUAGUCCUCUGAGCCGAUCAGAAACUAGUGCCAUCGUGUGAGUCCAUUCUGCAAUUCGUUACAAACAGUUGAAACCCGGGAACCUCUAAAGAAUCCAACAUAACUGCAACAGUCCAACAUUUUAAUAUUAUCCUCCAUGACGGAACGGAAAAUUGUACUAAAAUGUAUUUUAGGUCCGUAGUUCGCCCACGUUUUUAGCUCCGACCAAUGGGUCCAAACUUUGAAUGAUUAUAAAUCUUAUGAUAUGCAAAACAAAUCAGGGAUUUUUUUUCAAAAACAAGUCCAUCUCACAACAACAUUGCCGCUCCAAAAGUUUAGGAACAUGACAACUUAUUCUGUUUCCUGUUGAAGUAACCAGGUAACAGGUUGACCUCCAAAUGUGAAAGACUCUAAAUGUAAAGUUGAAUAAUUUAUUCCAAUGCUGGUCGAUUCCUACAUACUGUAAACCUUUAACAACGAAAAGGAUGAUGAUUUCAUUAGCAAUCCAAUAUUCGUUUUUUUGGAAUGGACACCAAUGGGUCCAAAUUUUGAAUGAUUAUAAAUCUAAAAAAGUCGACCACUACAUUGCUGCUCCAAAAUUUUAGGAACAUGACAACUUAGUCUGUUUCCUGUUGAAGUAACCAGGUAACAGGUUGACCUCCAAAUGUGAAAGACUAUGUAAUUGUAAAGUUGAAUAAUUUAUUCCAAUGCUGGUCGAUUCCUGUAUACUCUAAACCUUUAACAACGAAAAGGAUGAUGAUUUCAUUAGCAAUCCAAUAUUUGGGUUAUUUUUUGGAAUGGACACCAAUAGCUCGCAAUGCCAACUCAUCGUUUUAGAUUCUGAUUCUCCACAAUGCUACUUAGGUUCAUAGUUAUACCCUACACCAUAAAGUGGUAAGGAUAUUAUGUCUUUUUUCCAUUUUUUUAACAGGGAGAAGAAAGCGAGAUAGGCCCAUAGUUACUUUUGAGGAUAUUCAUAGAGUCUCUUUCUGAGACGAUUUAUGCAUGUCAGCCCAUCCAUGUAUUCUUGUGAACGAAAUGCAGAUCGUAUUUAUUAUCCGAUUGAGAUACAAUUCUCCAAAGAAUAUUGGUUUGGCCCAAGAACGAACCCUAUUAAAAUUGUGCACCAAAUGGCCAAUAUAAGUCCUAAUAACCUGAGUUUUGGUACAUCCCACCGAAUUCACUACAUCAAAUUUGGAGAAAAUUGGUUCAGACAUAGCUAAAGUUCCCAUAAAUAGGUUUUAUCCGAUUUGGGGUUUUAAGUCCCUCACUUGCGUAAUAUGCCCUCCACAAGAAUGAUAUUUAAUACGGGACAUCAGAUACUGCUCGAAAAUACCUCUAUCAAAUUUUAUCAAGAUCGGUUCAGAUUUGGAUAUAGCUCCCAUAUACAUGUUUAUCUGAUAUCAGGCUUUUUGUGCACCAAAUCGCUAAUAUCAGCCCAAAUGGACUGAAUUUUGGCAAUUACGACUGAAUUCAUCCUAGAAACCAGUACUUCAAAUUUGGUGUAAAUCGGUUCAGAUGUAGCUAUAGCUCCCAUACAUAUGUUUUAUCCGAUUUGUGAUUAAAAGUCCCUCACACGCGUAAAAUGCAUUCGACAUCAGUGACAUUUGGUACCAGAUAUGUUAUAGAGCUCAGAAAUACCGUUUCCAAAUUUUAUCGAGAACGGCUAAGAUUUGGAUAAAGCUCCCAUAUAUAUCCUUAUUCCGAUAUCAGUUUUGUUGUGCAAAUAAUGGCUAAUAUCAGCCCAAAUGGAGUGAAUUUCAGGGCGUACCUUUCCAUUUUGUGGAACUCGGCUCCAAUAUAUAUAUUUUUAAUAUGAUCCUUCCCGAAGUGAUAUCAUGUACUCUAUUGCAAUGUUAUUUGGUUUAAAAAGUUAAAAUGUCUCCGUCAAAAUUAGUUAAAAACGAUUCAGAAUUGGAUAUGCCUUCCCUAUAUUAGUUCCAUCUGAAUCCAAACUAACUACUACUUCAGAUAAUUUUUUUUUGUUACGGGAGCUUUACUAAAUCGGCAUAGUGGUGUAGGUUAUCAUAUAGUCGGCCCCGCCCGAAUUUUGACUUUUCCUUGACUUUCUAAUAUAUUGUUGAUGCCAAUAAUCCGUGGACAUAUUUAGAAACGCUUAUGUGAAUAUGGUUAUUUACAACAUUAAUUUUUAUCCAUCCAUAUACUAUAACUGUAUAUUCCAAUCACACAAAGUUUUUAAUAAAAAAAAAUCCGUCGGUCCACUUAAAAUAUUAAUUUAAAAAAUAUGCAAUAAUUUUUAUUGAAAAAUACCCAAAAUUUAUCGGCAGCUAUAAUUCGUCCAUAAAAAUAAAUCUAGAGUUCUGUUUUUGUAAUUGUAUAGCCAUUAGCAAUACACACACAUAACUAUGUACAUCACAACUACGUUGUAUAUUCCACAAGCAUUUUUAUCUUUUAACAAUUAUAUACACAUAUUUAUUUACAAUAUGUUUAAUUAAAACAAGUAUUUAUUAUAUUCGAAUUAUUUUUGUUUGUUCUUUUUUUGUCUUGUUUCUUGGCCACAAUAUUAAUGGCCGCCAUAUAUUAUUAUUGUGUAUCAAAUUCAAUUUUCUUUUGUAUUGAUUUUUUUCAUUAAAGAAGAAAACACAAACGAAAUAAUAAUAAAUCUCUAAAACAUUCCUUUAAGACUUUAUGCAUAGCUUCUCCCACAAUUAGCUAUGUUUACCUUACUCUUUUUUUAUAUACAUAUACAAACAAACAUACUUAUAUUUAACUAUAUAUAUACAUUCAUAGAUAUAUAUUUAUAAAAUGUAUUUAAUAACAAUUAUGUUGCAAUAACAAUUGUAGCCUUACACCCCUCUCCCCCCAAUGGCGAAUAACAUUAUUUGUGUUUCUUUGAGGGGUGAUGGGGUGAAAGGUGAAAAUUUGAUGAUAUUUUUAGAGAUUAUCUGUAUUUCUUUAUGUAUUAUUGUAUGGAUGUAACGAUGAUAUAUAUAUUUUUCAAAUAUACAACAAGAAAUAAAUACAAAUGUGGAUUUUUGUAAUCCAAUGUGCAUUUUAAGAAAAUUAAUAAAGAAGAA